UAAUCAAGUAUGGAAGCCUUGAGAAGCAGCAGUUCCACUUCCACUUUUAUCAUUGUCCUUGUGUUUGUUUGUGGCGUAAUCGCUCAAGCAAAUGCAUAUACCUCUCUUUACUGUAGCAACACCUAUAGCCGAUGCUAUGGAAAGACUGUGACAUGCCCUUAUGAAUGCCCCAGCAGUGACUCAGAAGACCCCAAGGCCAAAGUUUGCUACAUCAACUGUGAUUCACCCCACUGCGAGGCCCAGUGCAAAAAACGUAAACCAAACUGCAACAGCCCUGGAUCGGCCUGCUAUGAUCCACGCUUCAUUGGUGGUGAUGGAGUUGUUUUCUACUUCCAUGGAAAAAGCAAUGAGCAUUUCAGCUUAGUCUCCGAUCUCAACCUCCAAAUCAAUGGCCGCUUCAUCGGCCACAGACCUGCAGGCCGAACCCGUGACUACACUUGGAUCCAAGCCUUGGGAAUCCUUCUAAACUCUCAUAGUUUCAGUGUGGAAGCAACGAAAGUAGCAAAAUGGGAUAACCAAGUUGACCAUUUGAAAUUCACCUACAAUGGUGAAGAUCAAAUCAUUCCAGAAGGCCAUCUCUCCAUUUGGUAUUCGCCCAACAAAGACAUCAAAGUAGAGAGAAUUUCGAGCAAGAACAGCGUCGUUGUAUCAUUGAAAGACACCGCAGAGAUUUUGGUGAAUGUUGUACCCGUGACAAAAGAAGAUAACAGAGUCCAUAACUAUCAGGUCCCUUCUGAUGAUUGUUUUGCUCAUUUGGAAGUCCAAUUCAGGUUCUUCUCUCUCUCACCGAAAGUUGAGGGAGUUCUUGGAAGGACUUACAGGCCGGACUUCGUGAACCCAGCGAAACCCGGUGUGGCAAUGCCGGUUUUAGGCGGUGAAGACAAAUACAGAACCAGUUCCCUUCUGGCUCCAGAUUGUGGGUCUUGCUUGUUCACCAAGGAAGGUGUUUCCCAGAAGGAAAUUACUCCAACAGUGAAAGAGUAUGACCUGCUCGACUGUACCAGAGGCUUCUCUGGAGGAUACGGGAUUGUUUGCAAGAAAUGAGAAACCGUAACUACUACCCGUGGCGUUCUAAUUAAAUGAAUAAUGAAACUUUCAAUCAGCUGCAGAAAAAUAUGCAUAUUUUUCCGUUUGUUUCAGCUACUUAAGCUUAUUUGUUUCAUGUAUCUCUUUGUUUUACUGUGUGUUCCUAAGUU